AUGUACAACGUCGUUUUCGUUCUCGGCCCACCAGGAUCUGGCAAAGGGACCAUCUGUGCGCAGAUUCAAGAGGUUUGUGAGGAGGUUGAGAGAGAAAAUGUUGGAAAGGCUGGAAUUUCACCAGUUGGAAACUCCAUGCCUUUACGAAAUAAUGCUUUAACAACUCAACAAACCUAUUUUUUUCAGAAUCUCGGCUACGUUCACUUGUCGGCUGGAGAUUUGCUCCGUGCCGAGCGUGAACGAGAGGGAAGCGAAUUCGGAGCCCUCAUCGAGAGCCAUAUCAAGAACGGGUCCAUUGUCCCAGUAGAGAUCACGUGUUCUCUUCUCGAAAACGUUAGUUUACAAUCAAAUUUCAUUAUCCUAAAGAAAAACUAAUUUAUUUUAAGGCGAUGAUUGCCAGCAAGGACGCAAAUGGCUUCCUAAUUGACGGCUUCCCGCGAAACGAGGACAACCUCGUCGGAUGGAAAAAACAAAUGGACGGAAAAGUCAACGAGCAGUUUGUGCUCUUUCUGUCGUGUCCCGUCGACGUCUGCAUCAACCGGUGCCUGAAUCGUGGACAGGGAAGAACCGAUGAUAAUGUGGACUCGCUGAAGAAGAGAGUCGAGACGUACAACCAACAAACCUACCCAAUUAUCGAACACUUUGAUAAGGUUGGCAUGGUGCGAGAGGUCAACAGCCAACGUCCGGUGACUGAGGUAAAAUUUUGAGCGGUCUUUAUUUUGCGUGAAAUCGAGCUGAAAACACUAGCCAAAGUGUGUCGUAGAACUGAUAAUUGCAUCAGAAACAGAAGGGUUCACAUUAAAUAUCACUAUUACUGGGAAAGAUUGGACGAUGACAUGCAAAAUAUUUUCAGGUCUACGAUGACGUCGUUGCUGUAUUCGCCGCUGCCAACCACCAAAAAUAA